AUGCUGAAGAAUGAAAACAUUCUAAUACAGGAUGGUUUCAGAGCAGAAGCAUUCUGUGCGAAUUGCCGUGAACUGCUUUGCGGCUUGUGUGUCGUCGCUCAUCAGAGGACAGCAAAUGCGUUCGGCACAGGAGAGGAUGGUGCCCUUGGUGGAUCAUCGGAUUCUUCGCCGAGGCCGUCUUCGGUUUGUUCCACGCACGACGCUAAGGUGUUUUGCUCGUGUGAGACCUGUGGGAGGCUGUCACUGUGUGCUCACUGUAUAUCGAGACAUUCAUCACAUCAUAUUGUUCCCUUAGGCGAUGUUAGAGCUUGCGUGGUUUCACUGCUAGCGGAAUCGCGUCGUAAUGAACGCAGCAUUGAGGAAGCAGUCGAAAGUGUACGUACGAUGUCUGAAAGAGUCGACGCUAGUGUGCAGGCAGCUGCAUCAGAACUUCGGUCACUUAUCCAUCUUCACAUGAGUGCACUGGAGGAAAGGAAGAGAGAGUUGUUACAGAGAGUAGAUACGAUCAGACAAUCUAAAACAAAGAAUUUGAAGGCUCAAGCAGAAAAUUUGAAUGCGGCAAAAGCGAAAUUUGCACAGACUAUCAAAUCGGUAGAGGCAGUCACUGCUGAAGAUGAUAACUCACAGCUCGCGAAUGCUUUCCAAGAACUAAUACAGCUAUACGCACAACCAAUCCAUUUGAUUCCACACGAAAAUGAUGCCGUUAAGUUUAGCGUUCCCGACAACCAGCUUCUCUCACAGAUUCGAGCUCUAGGUGAACUUGAAAGUGGGCCUUGUGCUCGUCAAUGUCAUUUGGUUGGCGAAGGUUAUAAGAGACCUAUUCGUGAGCGCCAAUGCAUUGUUUACGUACAACUUCGCGAUGCGUGCGGUGAAGUGGUGCCGACCGACCGAGCUGAUGGAGGGGUUCGAGACAUUACCGCAACGGUAAUAGCACCUGAUGGUCGCAAUCUUGAAAUUCACAUUGGACGGAGCGAAAGCGACCCAGGUGUGAUUGGCAUUGCUUAUUAUCCGAUUCUUGAUGGACAGCACCAGCUAGAUAUACGAAUCCGUGGAGUGUCCAUAAGUGGUUGUCCAGCUGUUGUAGAUGUACGCCAUGGGCGUAAUUAUGCUGAAAUUGCUGCUCAAGGAGAGUUGUUCUCAUUCGGAAAAGAAGGAUCAGCUGAUGGAGAACUGUGUCGCCCAUGGGGAAUUUGCGUUGACUUACGUGGACGAGUCCUUGUAGCAGACCGAAGCAAUAAUCGUAUCCAAAUUUUCGAUCGAGAUGGUGGUUUUCUUGCAAAAUUCGGCUGCGGUGGAACUCGUUCGGGACAAUUCGAUCGUCCAGCUGGUGUUACAGUCAAUACUAGGAACAAUAUUGUGGUAGCCGAUAAGGACAACCACAGAAUCCAAGUGUUUGACGAGAACGGUAACUUUUUGCUGAAGUUUGGAGAGAGGGGACGGCCGAUUGGGAUGUUUAACUACCCGUGGGGAGUUGCAACAAAUAGUCAGAACCAUAUUGCUGUUUCGGAUACGCGAAAUCACAGAGUUCAGGUAUUUAAUGAAAAUGGCCAGUUUAUACGGAAAUGUGGGUUUGACACGGCAUUCUUUUACAAACAUCUGGAUUCACCUCGUGGUGUCUGUUACCUAUCUGAUGGUCAACUCCUCAUUACUGAUUUUAACAAUCAUCGUUUGGCCGUACUAUCCUCUCGUGACACACCAGAAAUGAAAGUAUAUGGUACGGAGGGAAGUGUCGAGGGGAUGUUCUGCCGCCCACAAGGAGUGAAGGUUGAUCCGGAGGGUCAUAUUCUUAUUUGUGAUUCUCGGAACAAUCGCGUUCAGGUGUUUUCUGGAGACGACAUGCGGUGCAUUGCCGUCUUUGGACAAUCAUCCUCUUCUGGUGGUUUCGAGAUGCCUGCUGAGCUACCUGCUCCGUUCCGCUCUGUCGGGCCCACUCCCUUCCAUGCUUCAACCACUCCUGCGAGUGGCGCUGCUCUUGACACCCCUACAGGUGGGCCUCGUCCAUUGCUGGAUCGCCCAACUGAUGUGGCGAUUGCCCCAGACGGUCGAAUCUAUGUGGUUGAUUUCGGCAACAAUUGCAUCCGCGUUUUCUAA